GUAUUAGGACAGAUUUAUAGCAGCAAUUCAUUUGCUGACGUGGCACCCCAUUAUCCGGACGAAAUCCAAAAACAAUGAAGUUUCCUUCCUCUCAUACAGGAGACCCAAAUACAAGCAGUAGCAGUAUCAGCAGCACUUCACCAUGGCGGUAUCUUGUCCUCCUUUUUUCAUCUUCUUCUUCCUCCUGUUUCUCCGUUCACUUCCUCCGUUCCUGUCUUCAUCGGAAUCGGAUUCCCCACAUAAUUUCAUCAUCCACGUCUCCAAAUCCCACAAACCCUCCUUUUUUUCCUCUCCCCGUCACUGGUAUACCUCCAUCAUCCACUCUCUCCCUCCUUCUUCCCACCCCACCGAGCUUCUUUAUACCUACGAGCGCGCCAUCAAUGGCUUCUCCGCCCGUUUAACCGCCGAACAGGCGUUCAAACUCCGCCAGCUUCCUGGUAUCCUCUCUGUUAUUCAGGACCAGGCGCGUCAGAUUCACACCACUCGAACUCCUCACUUUUUGGGCCUCUCCGACGGAAUUGGCCUUUGGGGGAACUCGAAUUACGGCGAUGGUGUGAUAAUCGGAGUUCUGGACACGGGGAUUUGGCCGGAGCGUCGGAGUUUCUCGGAUUCGGAUCUGUCCCCUGUUCCGUCGAGAUGGAAGGGUGUAUGCGAAGCAGGGCCCGAUUUUCCGGCAUCCGCUUGUAAUCGGAAGAUCAUCGGCGCUAGAGCGUAUUACAGAGGAUAUGUGUCGUAUCUUGGAAAACCCAUGGAUGAGUCAAAGGAAUCUAAAUCACCACGGGAUACCGAAGGCCAUGGGACACACACUGCUUCUACGGCUGCCGGAUCUGUGGUGGUCAACGCCAGUUUCUACCAAUACGCCUAUGGGGAAGCUCGCGGCAUGGCAGCGAAAGCUCGAAUUGCCGCUUACAAAAUCUGUUGGAGUUUUGGGUGUUUCGAUUCCGAUAUACUAGCAGCCAUGGACCAAGCUAUCGCCGAUGGAGUUGAUGUGAUCUCUUUAUCCGUCGGAGCAACUGGGUAUGCUCCUGAGUACUAUCACGAUUCCAUAGCAAUUGGGGGUUUUGGUGCUGCACAGCACGGAAUUGUUGUUUCAUGCUCUGCUGGGAAUUCUGGUCCUGGUCCGUUCACCGCCGUUAACGUUGCGCCUUGGUUAUUAACCGUUGGUGCGUCCACAAUUGAUCGAGAAUUUCCAGCUGAUGCUGUUCUCGGCGAUGGAAGGAUCUUCAGUGGCGUGUCGCUGUAUUCCGGAGGUCCUCUUCCUGAUUUCCAGCUUCCUCUCGUAUAUGCUGGCGAUGCUGGAAAUAGUUAUUGCUAUAUAGGCAGUCUAACUCCAUGGAAAGUUCAGGGGAAAAUUGUAGUAUGUGACAGGGGAGGGAAUGCCAGAGUUGAAAAGGGAAGUGCGGUGAAGCUUGCUGGUGGGUUGGGAAUGAUUCUUGCAAAUAUUGCAGGGAACGGUGAAGAACUGAUUGCUGAUUCCCAUCUGAUUCCGGCAACCAUGGUAGGGGAAGAAGCCAGCAAUGAGAUACGAAAUUACAUCAAGUCCAGUCAGUUCCCUACGGCCACAAUCAAUUUCCGUGGGACAGUGAUUGGCACUAACCCUCCAGCCCCAAAGGUUGCAGCUUUCUCUAGCCGGGGUCCGAGCCACCUGACCCCAGAGAUCCUCAAGCCGGAUGUCAUUGCUCCAGGUGUCAACAUCCUUGCCGGCUGGACCGGGUUCACUGCGCCAACUGAUCUCGAUAUUGAUCCCAGGAGAGUCGAUUUCAACAUAAUCUCAGGCACCUCAAUGUCCUGUCCUCAUGUCAGCGGAUUGGCUGCCCUGCUUCGAAAGGCAUACCCCAAUUGGUCACCGGCAGCCAUCAAAUCCGCCCUUAUGACUACUGCUUACACCGUUGAUAGCUCCGGGAAUGACAUUAAGGAUCUUGCAACAGGUGAAGAAUCAACCCCGUUUAUCCACGGAGCUGGCCAUGUUGAUCCGAACAGAGCUCUUAAUCCGGGAUUGGUAUACGACAUUGAAGCAGAUGAUUACAUUGCAUUCCUCUGCUCCAUUGGGUAUGACUCAUUCCAAAUCGCAAUUUUCCUUGGAGAGCCAGCAGGUUCCGACAUAUGUGACGGGGAGCUGUCUUCUCCAGGAAACCUGAAUUACCCAUCAUUCUCAGUUGUGUUCGGAUCAGACACCAAUGUGGUUAGAUACAAGAGGACAGUAAAGAAUGUGGGGAGUUCCGCGGGUGCAGUAUAUGAAGUUAAAGUGAAUGCACCUCAAGGGAUUGAGAUCAGUGUCUGGCCAAGUAAACUUGAGUUCGGUUCCAAGAACCUGACAUUGUCCUACGAGGUUGAGUUUAGAAGUGGUGUUGGGUUGGGACUGUUGGAAGUUGGAUCCCAGAAAUUUGGGUGGAUUGAGUGGAGUGAUGGAGUUCAUCAAGUGAGGAGUCCGGUUGCUGUAAGGUGGAUCCAAGGACUUAAGGAGACCAUUUGAAUUUGUAUAGAAUUAAUGUAGUAGGGUGAAGAAAGGACAUUGCGUAUUGGGGUCUUUAUUUUUUGAGUUUUCUACUUUCAUCUUAUAAUUGUGUUUUGUUCAUAAUGUAUCCAUUUAUCAUCAUAAAUCAUGUGGAGGGAUGGAUGAAAUGUGAGAGAUCGAGAACAUCCAUGGACAUUUGAUUCCGAAGUGAAUUUUAGUU